AUGAAUAGCAAGUUUUUAGUAUUCUUCAUCGCUUCAGUUGCCUUAUGGCAAGUAACCAAAGCACUUGUUAUUAAAGAUCAAGAAUCAGUGGCUGAUGUUGAUCAACCUACUACUGUUGUUGUCAAUACUGUACCAAGCAUUGAUGAUACGGUAUCUUCAGCAAUUGCAACUAACGAAGGUGAGAAACUAUCUGUACAAUCAGAUGACGAAGAAAAACACUACGCAUCAAAUGAUAAAAUUGAUGGUAAUGGUUUAAAUAAACGAAAUAGUGAAGACCAAAUGUUGACAUCGACAGUAGAAGUAAACGAAGCUGUCCAAACACCUUUAAAUGAUGACAAGGACGGUAGCGGUCUCACAUCAAUCAUAGAAGGAGACGAAAAGGAAACAAAAUCGGAAGAAGCACAAAAAUCAUGUGAUGCUAAUGAUGAAGAAACAAUGACAACGUCAACUACCGAAAGACAUUCUCAAGCUGAAGAAGUAGACGAAGAAGAGCCAGAUGAUGUUGGAAAAAGCGAAGAUGACCAGGAUGCUACUGACUAA